AUGUCUACCAUCCCGACAAAGCCACUCGGCACCAACGGUCCUCUCGUGCCACGUCUGGGACUCGGACUGAUGGGUUUGUCCAUCGAGUCUGGAGAGCCCGCGCCCGAUGAGGAGCGGUUUCAGUUCCUCGACCGCGCCGUGGAGCUCGGCGAGACGUUUUGGGACACGGCCAACGUCUAUGGCGACUCGGAAGACCUCAUCGGAAAGUGGUUCGAGCGGACGGGCAAACGAGACGAAAUCUUCCUGGCUACCAAAGUCGGCGGCAUCAUCGAGGGCAAGCUCGGCUCGCCCGACGUCAAGUUCUUCCUCCGCAGCGACGCCGAGCACGUCAAGGCGGCGUGCCAGCGCAGCUUGGAGCGUCUCGGCACCGACUGCAUCGACCUGUUCUACCUCCACCGCGUGGACGGCAAGACGCCCAUCGAGCACACGGUGCAGGCCAUGGCAGAGCUCAAAGCCGAAGGCAAGAUCAGGCACAUUGGCCUCUCGGAAGUCUCGGCCGCAACGCUCCGCCGGGCGCACGCGGUCCACCCCAUCGCCGCGGUGCAGGUCGAAUACAGCCCGGUGACGCUCGAGAUCGAGGCCAACGGUCUCAUGGCCGCGUGCCGCGAGCUCGGCGUAGCCAUCGUCGCGUACUCGCCGCUCGGCAAAGGCCUCGUCACGGGCGUGUACCGCAGCACCAAGGACUUCGGCCCCGGCGACCGCCGCGCCAUCUACCCGCGCUUUUCCGACGAGAACCUGCCCAAGAACCUGGUGCUGGCGGAUACCAUUCGCGGUGUUGCCGAGGCGAAAGGGUGCACGCCGGGCCAGUUGACGCUGGCGUGGCUGUGGGCGCAGGGGGACGACAUUUUCCCGAUUCCUGGGACGAAGAAGAUCAAGAACCUGGAGGAGAACGUGGGGUCCGUCGGGGUGGACAUCACCCCGGCUGAGGUUGCCAAAAUACGGAAGCUGGUUGAUGAAGCCGAAGUCGUGGGGACGAGAUACCCGACUGCGCUGAUGGGGGUUUUGCUGGCUGACACGCCCGAGUUGUAG